GGGGCUGUAUUAGAGUCUUCAGAGGAGCCUUCAGAAGCUCCAGUCACAGUAGGAAAGGAGAGGGACUUCUCUCCCACCACUGCCCCAUCCUUUUGGUUCUGUGUGGCUCCCCACUACCUCUUGACUCUUCGUACUGUGUUCUUUCCUCAUACAGGAGAGAGACCUCAGGGCGCGGCGUUUUAUUACACUGGACUAUUACAAACGUUUUUUUUUUUCUUCUGAAUUUAGUGUUGUCUGGCCACAUACUCCUUCUCCUGAGGCAGUUAUUUGGGGCGUUCCUCAAUUUUUUUUGGAAAGCGCCAUUUUCAGGACUGGUUUCUGCGUGUGGAGACAGACGACUGUUUAUAAAUGCUGACAGAAUCAAGUGGGCUGAUGGGGUCGGACGUUCGAGACCUAGCAGCCUUGCUGCCCGCUGUUCCUACCCUGCCAGGUGGAAGUGGUGGCUGCUCGCUCCCUGUCGCUGGCGCUCCUCAGUGGAGCCCCAUGUUGGACUUCCACCCUAGCUCGGCAUAUGGUGCCCUGCCCUCCCACUCGCUCAUCAAACAGGAGCCGGGAUGGGGAACGACCGACCUCCACGAGGACCCCCACUGUGGCCUGGGAGCCUUUACCGUGCACUUCUCUGGCCAGCUCACGGGGGCUGGUGGCUACAGGCAUGGGGCGUUUACAGAUACCGCUGCCAGCCAGACCAGGAUGUUUCCAAAUGGGUCUUACCUGCCAGGCUGUGUGGAGAACCCACCAGCUCCUAAAAACCAGGGAUACAGCACUAUGGGCCUGGAUGGGCCACCAACUUAUGGCCACACUCGCUCCCAUCUCUCCCCACAGCCCCCCUGCCACCCUUUCAAACAUGAAGACUCCAUAUCACCACCAUUAACCAUGGGAGACCCACAGUAUUCUGCCCCACCACCUGUGUAUGGCUGCCACACACCCUCGGACACUUGUGCAGGCAGCCCAGCUCUUCUCUUAAGAAACACAUACAACAGUGAUAAUUUAUACCAGAUGGCCUCACAGCUUGACUGUGUCACCUGGAAUCCCAUGAAUGCACUGACAUCCAGCAUCAAGAGCCAAGGCUCAGGAUAUGAGGCCGAGCCCACGCCUGCCACAGCCCCCAUGGUGUACAGCUGCAGCGCCCAGUAUCACAUCCACACACACGGACUCUUCAGAGGGCUCCAGGACGUUCGACGAGUUCCAGGCAUCACCCCUUCUAUAGUGAGGCCACCCGACAGCAACGAGAAAAGGCCAUAUAUGUGUAAUUAUCCUGGCUGCAACAAGAGAUACUUCAAGCUCUCACAUCUCCAGAUGCAUGGAAGAAAACACACAGGAGAGAAGCCCUACAGUUGUGAUUUUACAGACUGUGGCCGGAGGUUCUCCAGAUCUGACCAGCUCAAGAGGCACCAGCGCAGACAUACAGGAGUGAAACCAUUUCAGUGUGAGACGUGUGAGAGAAAGUUUUCACGCUCAGAUCACCUUAAGACCCACACCCGGACUCAUACAGGUAAAACAAGUGAGAAGCCCUUUACCUGUCGCUGGUCCAGCUGUCAGAAGAAGUUUGCCCGCUCUGAUGAGCUUGUGCGUCACCACAGCAUGCACCAGAGGAACGUCAACAAACUGCAGAUGACCCUCUGAGCGGUGGAGUGCUACUGGAUUCAGCACAUCCACAGUCACCCAGCCCGUAUGUGUAGUAACAGGAGAAGGCUCCCGCCAUGUCUGAGAAGUCAUGAGUGUGUGUGCGAUAAGAUUACAAUUCACUUACAGACCACACAAACACACACACACACACACACACACACACACACACACACACACACACACACACACACAGACACACACCUGUCCACUGACAGUAUGUUGCAUGAGAGUAUUGUAUGGCGAGGUUGCAGCAUACAGACUGUUUGCAGUUCAACCUUCUGGUGCCUUACGUUUGCGAUACGUAAAAGUCAUCUCAGUGUUUGAUACCUUGUGACUCUAUAUACAGUUCAUAUUCUUUUACUAGUUGCACUGGCCAUAUUUUUAAGUAGAUGAUAUGAUGUAGAUUACUUCACUGUGUGCUGGGUUUUACACAAUAACUAUUAAGUAAACACAGAGGUAAAAGUUAUAGUUUGAUUGCUGGAAGAAAAUGUUUUAUGAAAAUGACAAAUUUGGAUAUUCUACUGUAUAUAUUGCAUUUUCUACCAUAUAACACAAACAGUACAUUUUUUAUUAAAAAUACGUUAUCAAA